UAAGUUUUGCUUAAGAAAACCCUGUCAACAGGUUGACAUGAAAACGCGCGUUUCAAAUGCAGUGGAAACAAACUAAACGAAGCCGUGUUGACUCCAAGUCCCGUCGUGGCGCAAAAUGAACUCCUGUGUUUAAUUUACAAUCGUAUUCGCAAUUCUGAAAGCAUAAAUAAUGGAAAUCUGCAUAAAGUGGAGCAUGUGCCGAACCUGCACUGGAGGCACUAGCUCCCAACUGCAGCCCCUCUUCAAAGACUCAAUAUUAGCCGAACAGCUCCUGGAAUACGCUGGAGUUCUUGUGAAACCAGACGACGGAUUGCCAGAUCAGAUAUGUGUAGAGUGUGUGCAGCAUCUGCAAUUUGUGCACACCUUCCUUACAGGCUGCAAACGAGUCGAUGUCCAUCUGAGAGGUGCGGUGCGCCGCACCAUGUCCUUGAGAAAAUGCUUUCCGAGUGUGCCCGCCGUAGAUGCCAAUACGGAGAAUUGCGAUAUGGAAUCCGAAAUAGAGACACAGGCGCGUAAGCAAAGCAGCCAAUCAAAUCCAAACCAAUCAAAGAAAAUAUUGAAUACACAUCCGGGGAAGAAUGCCACCGAACAGGAGGAGCUGGUUCCUGAGGACAUUGUAAUACAGGAGGUCGAAUCGUCAGAGGAGCUCGACCUGCUAACAACAACGACAACUCAAUCCUCGGAGAAGUCGUCGUCGGCUACAGGUGCAGAUGACAGUGAUGAUUAUGUGCUUGUCGUCAGCAAAUGUAUGCUAAAUCUGACUCAAAGCGAGGCGGUGGAAAACAAUGACAGCGAAUACAAUGCAAUGGAUGUGGGUGAUCCAUCUGGUAGAGAAGAUGAUCAUGAACAUGAUGAUAAUGAUGAGGAUAAAAAUAUCGAACAGGAUAGCAAUCAAGUUGCAGAUGCAGACAAUGAGCCAGCUACAAAUGAUAAUGAAAUGGAGCCGGCAGCAGCUGUUGCUCCGCUUACGAUUGAUCUGUCCGCCGCCUUGGAACUCUCGAAUUCGGUCAAGCACAACUGCUCCAUGUGCGGCAAUUCGUUUGGCAAUCAGGCACAGCUCAAAUCCCACAUGCGCACCCAUCGCAACGAGCGGAGCUACGAGUGCGAGCUGUGCUCCAAGCGCUUCAAUGCCGCCUGCAAUUUGACCACACACAUGCGCACCCACACGGGCGAGAAACCCUAUGAGUGCACCCACUGUGGACGCCGUUUCGCGGAUCGCAGCACCCAACGGAAUCACGAACGCUCGCACACCAAUGAACGACCCUAUGCGUGUGAGACCUGCGGGAAGACCUUCUCACUGUCAUCCACAUUGAAGGCACACUCAUUGUCCCACUCCAAGUUGAAGCCGCACAAGUGUCUCACUUGCAACAAGGACUUUCGCCUGCCUCACCAUCUGAAGGCGCACGAAAGAACGCACGUUCAUCGCUGUGAAGUGGACAUCCUGAUCUACAAUCGGGACGAUGGCGAUUACACCAGCAGCUAGGCGCUGCUCCAACUGAAUCAAUUGCUCCUGUGGUAGCUGCAUAUUUUUUGCUGUACAAUUUACCGAUAAUAAAUUUCUCUUAUAAUUUACAA